CUUGCGAACGGCAGGCGGAAGGCAGCGAUGCUCGCUCCUCCGUGCCACUUACUACUCCUCGUAAAGUACUCGCUUCCCCUCCCUGCGGCGGGACAGGGCUGCAAGCUCUCCUCCGCCUCCCGCCACUUCCUCGUCGGCCCAGCCUCGGCCAGCCUCUCAGGUGUUCAGUCCACCCCGAAGUCGCUUGGAAGGAAGGAAGGAAGAAGGCCGAUCGGGGAGGGGUCCCUAUCCGGCUCGGGUGCGGGGCUAACAGGACUGGACGGAAAACUGCUGCUCUUCCGCCCCUGAUGCCCCGGGCGCUCGCCUCUCCAUGCCCGGAGCCGGGGCUGGCGGGAACGACACGCUCUUCCCCUUCUUUUCGGACUUCAAGGAGGCGGCCGUCCGCCUGGGGCUGAGCAUCGUGGAGACGGUGGUGCUGGCGUCGAUCUUCGCCCUGGCUUUGGCGGCCAACGCGGGCGCCAUCCGGCUGGUGCUGCGUCGCAAAGGCCGUCCGGGCGCCGCCAGCUGCCUGGUGCUCAACCUCUUCUGCGCCGACCUGCUCUUCAUCAGCGCCAUCCCGGUCAUCGCGGUGGUGCGCUGGACCGAGAGCUGGACCCUGGGCGAGGCCGUCUGCCACCUGCUCUUCUACCUGAUGAGCCUGAGCGGCAGCGUCACCAUCCUCUCCCUGGCCGCCGUCAGCCUGGAGCGGGUGGUCAGCAUCGUCCGGCUCAAGCCCGCCAAGCCUUGGAAGGGACGGCUGGUGGCUGCCUGCCUGCUGUCCGUUUGGGCCUUGGCGGCUCUGGCCACCCUCCCGCUCAGCCUCUUCUUCAGCGUCCAGCCGCUGCCCACCAGGGGCCCGGAAGUGUAUAUCUGCACCUUGGUUUGGCCCAGCAUUGCAGGAGAAAUCGCUUGGGAUGUCUCCUUUGCCACCGUGAUCUUCCUUAUACCGGGAUUGGUCAUUGUAAUUAGUUAUUCAAAGAUUUUACAGGGCUUUAAGAGUCGUGGUGGCGCAGUGAUUAGAAUGCAGUACUGCAGGCUACUUCUGCUGACUGCCGGCUGCCAGCAGUUUGAUUCUGACCGGCUCAAGUUUGACUCAGCCUUCCAUCCUUCUGAGAUCGCCAAGGCCUCAAGGAGACGCCUGCAGGUGGGCAUGGCCUAUUCGGAGAGGCACCACAUUCGCAUUUCCCAGCAAGAUUUCAAAUUAUUUCGGACUCUGUUUCUCCUCAUGAUUUCCUUCUUUGUCAUGUGGAGCCCCAUCAUCAUCACCAUUCUCCUCAUUUUAGUACAGAAGUUCCAACCAGAUGUGAACAUUGCAUCGUUUGUUUUCUUCUGGAUAAUGGCGUUUACAUUUUCCAAUUCAAUCGUCAAUCCUGUUUUAUACAAUAUAGUCCAAUUUAAACAUGGUUGGAGGCAAAUCUUUUUCUGUUGCCAAAAUCCCCUUGGGAAAAAAGAGACUACAACGGACACAUCCAUGAAGCAGCAGAAUGGGAGACAUUUCACAGUAUCUGUUAUCACCAGAUAACCGUGUGGUAUUCCUUGUGAGAAGAAGGUCAACAGUUUUUAAGAACUGGAGUAAGCAGUUGAGAAAACAGUUUGUACAGACAGUUGUGGUUUCGUUUACCUUGGUAAAAAACAUGGAGGAAUAAAUCUAGUAGCAAUAAACGUGCAUUAAAACAGUUUAGCUGGGAACAUCUCCAUACUAUACCAUCCUAAACUAAUUAAAAUAAUGAUUUAUUCAGGA